AUGUUUCAUAUCGGUCGUCUUGCUUGCCUUGCCCCAUCUUUCGUGUCACCAUCCGACCCCACCAGUGUGUUCAUCAUGGUGCUGCGCCUCUUGAAGCUGAUGGACUUUCAGCCCAACAUGGGCAUCAUGACUCGCUCCCUCCGAGUCGCCAUGCCGUCUCUCCUCCACUUCUUCAUUCUCUUCUUCGUUGUCUUCGUCGCAUAUGCCACCUACGGCUACCUGGUGUUCGAGAUGACCUUAGUACAGUUCAGCACGCUGUGGUUGUCCCUGCAGACCUGCUUCUACAUGAUCGUGGGGCAGUUCGGAGUGUUCUGGUUCCAGCAGAUGGUGGGGUGGCAGUACGCGGCGGCCAUGGAGUCGACGGAGAAAGCACCGGCGAUCUACCAGGACAUGUACUUGAUUGUGGUGCGCUUCUUCCGCCGCGUGGCAUCGCCGUACAGAAGGUACAGCCGCCUGCUGCGCCACCUCAUUCGCCUCGGAGCAGAGAACACCGCCAAUGCGGUCAUGGAGGUGAGCGGCCCGGCCAGGGAGGUGAGCGGGCAGGGAGGUGAGCGGGCAGGGAGGGACGUGCAUGACCCGCACGAUGAUCCGCACUAUGAUCCGCAUGAUGAUCCGCAUGAUCCGCAUGAUGAUCCGCACGAUGAUCCGCAUGAUGAUCCGCAUGACCUGCCAGAGCGCUUUUUGAACUCGGACUUCCAAUUUCCAACCACAUGGGUCCCCACUCUCUCGUGCGGGUUCCCACCAAACCAGUGCGGUCUAAUCUCCUUAAUAAUCCUGCUUCGAGACAAUGUGGCAAUGGGGGAUGACUGGUUCACAUGGAGAGCACAAUUUACUUACCAAAGCUCCCACACAUCCCACAUCUGUGUCUACCACUGCCACCUUCAUUCGUGUCCCACUGCCACCUUCAUCCGUGUCCCACUGCCACCUUCAUUCGUGUCCCACUGCCACCUUCAUUCGUGUCCCACUGCCACCUUCAUUCGUGUCCCACUGCUACCUCCAUUCGUGUCCCACUGCCACCUUCAUUCGUGUCCCACUGCCACCUCCAUUCGUGUCCCACUGGCACCUUCAUUCGUGUCCCACUGCCACUUUCAUUCGUGUCCCACUGCCACUUUCAUUCGUGUCCCACUGCCACCUUCAUUCGUGUCCCACUGCUACCUCCAUUCGUGUCCCACUGCCACCUUCAUUCGUUGUCCCACUGCCACCUUCAUUCGUGUCCCAUUGUCCGCCACUCCGCAGAAGAGCCUUCGGCAGUCCGGCCAGCAGUGCUUUGCGUCGAGCCUUCAGUGCGGCAAGGAGAUGAGAGGCAGCAGGCGUGAUACUGAUGGGGGCAGGCUGGAGGAUGCUGUUCGUGAUGGCAAACCGGGGAUAAAUGGGGUGGAGGUGGUGGGAAGAGAGGAAAAAAGGGAUCCUUUUGAGGCGCAGCAACAAGUGUCAGCGAUGGUGGGAGCAGAUGAGACUAACUUAAGCCGGGCUGAGAGCAAGAAGGGGGUGUUGCCGAAUGGUGGGGUCGCCAAGUCCCAGGCAGCCGGCAGCACCAACACUCAGGUGGACGCCCAUGCUUCCACCACCGCUGCUGCUAAUCCUGGCAGCACCGCUGCAGGUGAUGCUGGCAGCACCGCUGCAGGUGAUGCUGGCAGCACGGGUGGCAGCAUGGUGGAGCCGGCAGUGCAGAGGCGGCGGAGCUUCUGGCGGCUGAAAACGCUGGAUGAGCGGGAGACUGUGGUGGUGGUGGGGGAGAGGCAGCUCAACGCCCACUCGCUCUCUUCCAUCCUGCGCCGUGCACACGCCCGCAUGCGGCGCUCUCUUUCCGACGAGCAUGAGGAGGACCCCAUGGACGUGGCAGCGCUGGGGGCGGUGCUGCUGUCGGAGCUGGGGGAGAGCGCGCCGCCUGCCGAUGCCACGGCUGCAAAUGGAGGCGAGGCGGCAAAGGAGGGCGACCUGCUGGCCAUGCAGCAGCGCGUGGAGGCGCUGCGGGCCGACGUGGCCCGUGGCUUCGACCAAGUGAGGCAGCAGCUCACCACCCAAGUCCAGAGCUCCCAUUGCAACCAGUUUCCACAGGAAGCCAGUCCGAGCCUGCUCCCGAACCAGCUAGGCAAUGGUUCGGAGGAGGCUGGGCGAGAGGUGUGGCAGCAGGUUUUGAUGCAGGUGGAGAAGAUUCGGAAGGAGGCUCAGAAGGAGCGAGAAGAGGGUUUGGAGAUCCUGCAGGAGCUCAGAAGAGAGUUGCAAAUGCUGAGGGCAGCGAGAGGGGAAGGGAGAGAGUGGGAAGGAGAGGAAGAGAAAAGGGAUGGGAGUGGGGGAGGGGCAUGA